AUGGUGGCCCCAACAAUCCGGGUGGCCCCCUCGGCCGCCAAUAGAGCCCUGAACCUGUUGCGCACCGUCCAGUACACGCACCCGCCUAAUUGCCCCUGCCAUUCCAACCCCAACCACCACCACCAUCAUCGGAACCCGUCCAUGAUGAACAAUGUGCACCGCCAUCUGGCCACCCCGGUGGACCCGUCGCGCGAGAAAGAGUAUGCUUUUGAGAUGGCGGCGUCCAGCGUCCGGUUCGGACCCGGCUCGACCAAAGAGGUCGGCAUGGACUUCAAGAACAUGGGUGCCAAGCGCGUGUGCAUCGUCACCGACUCCAACGUCACUAAGCUGGAUGCCAUGAAACAGGCAGUCGAGGGCCUCACCCGCGAAGGAAUUGAGUUUACCAUCUUCGACAAGGUCCGGAUCGAACCCAAGGAUAGCUCUGUCAAAGAAGCCAUUGCCUAUGCCAAACCGUACAACCCCGACGCCUUUCUUGCCGUCGGUGGUGGUUCCGUCAUCGAUACCGCCAAACUCAUGAACCUCUACACGGUCUUCCCCGAGGCCGACUUCUUGGACUUCGUCAAUGCUCCAUUGGGUAAGGGUCUCCCCGUGAGCAAGCCGCUGCGCCCGCUCGUAGCCGUGCCCACCACGGCCGGCACCGGGUCUGAGACGACAGGAACUGCAAUCUUCGACCUGGUCUCGAAGAAAGCCAAGACCGGGAUCGCGCACCGCAACCUAAAACCAACACUGGGUAUCUGCGACCCACUGAACACACGCACAAUGCCAUCAGCAGUACACGCAGCGUCCGGGCUGGACGUGCUGUGCCACUCCCUGGAAUCGUGGACAGCAAUCCCAUACAAUGAGCGCACGCCGCGACCCACCAACCCGAUCAACCGUCCCGCCUACCAGGGCGCCAACCCGAUCUCCGACAUCUUCUCCCUGCAAGCGCUGCGCAGCACAGUCAAGUACCUCCCACGGGCGGUGCGAGAUCCAGACGACCACGAAGCGCAGUCACAGAUGCUACUAGCAGCAACACUAGCCGGCGUGGGCUUCGGCAACGCCGGCGUGCAUCUCUGCCACGGCAUGAGCUACCCGAUCUCCAGCCAGAACCCGGGCUACCAGCACGCUGGCUAUGCAGUCGACCACCCGAUCAUCCCGCACGGCGUCUCCGUCGCCGUCACCGCCCCGGCUGUUUUCCGCUUCACGGCUGCGUCGAACCCGGACCGGCACUUGGCUGCCGCCGAGGCCUUUGGUGUCGAUAUCUCCAACGUGAAACGUGAAAGUGCGGGUGAGGUGCUGGGCGCCGCGCUGGCCGACUUCCUGGUUAAGCUGGGUGGCCAGCCGCGCGGGUUGAAGGAUCUGGGGUUCAAGGCUUCGGACGUGGAUGGGCUCGUUGAGGGCACUAUCCCGCAGAAGCGUGUGCUCAUGCUGGCACCUAACCUUAGUGAGGAGUUGCAGGCAGAGAAGGGCGAGUUGAGACGUCUUCUUGAAGAGUCUUUGGAUUACUAG